AAUCCUCCAAAUUUUUAAACUAUAGGCACUGACCCAGUAGUGGGUCAUGGGAUUAACUUAGUGGGUCACGCGAAGCACUAAUAAAAUAAGGCAGAACGUAUCAGAAUCAGAAGGCAUCACGUGCAGCAUGAGCAAGUUGGUUUCGUGAACCUUCUAUUUCAGUUGCAUGUGUGAGCGUGAGUGUGGGAGUGCAGGGUGUGGCAGAGACAGCUGACUGGCAGCCAGAUUUGUGCUCCCCGCCCACAGAGUACGCGUGUCCCUUGGGAGGGGGGUGCCCUGCUGGGAGUGACUAUUCCCAGACUCUCACCUCUAGGUGGGGCCCCUGGCUGACUUGCUCUCACCGAUGGAAUGUGAUCGAAAAUGACAUGUUAUUUCUGGGUCAAGGUGGCUGGGUUCCUGGAUCACUGUGUGGAGGAGAGCCACCCACAAACCUGGAAACCUUGCAUUGGCAGUUAUGUGAGAAAUGAACUUUUCUUUUGUGAAGAUACUGACAUCCUGGGACCUGAGUUAUAGCCCUUAACGUUAUCCUGUGUGUCAUAUGCUGUAAAAUGUUUUUCUUAAUGUGGGUCAUGGUCAAAAAGCUUGAAAAACGUACCUGAUCUAAUCUAAAUCCCUUGAUUUUUUUUUUUUCCCCACAUGGAGAAACCAAGUAUCAGAAAUGGGGAGGGGCUCCCCGAGUGUUCUGAGUGAGCCGGGGCCAAACCCUGCCUAAGCAGGAGGAUAAACGCUUGGCCUGGGUGCGCUUUGUGUAUUGCUUGAUGGAGCAGAGCUGACUGCCUGGGCUGCAGACUCCCGGGACCGUGCCCCUCCCACACCCACACACACCUGGGGUCCUGGAUCUGCCUUCUGUGCUCUGCUACAGGGGACCUCCACCCACAGCUGGGACAGGAAGGGUGAACUCUGCCUGGCCUGCUGAACUAACUCUCACCUGGCUUCAGCUCGGGCGCUGUGGUUAACAUCUCUGUGGCACACCAACAGACUUUCUCUGAAAGUCUGAGUUUCUCUGAAUCUCUGAGGCGCCGGAUUCUGAGAAACCCAGCAGCAGCCUGGCCACCACCACCGGAGCGCUAGGUGAGUCACCCACACGCCCAGGGAUGACAUCUUCGUAUUUCACCACACGGCACUCGGUCUUGAAACCGAGGCGCCCUGCUGCCAGGAAGCCCAGGCCACAUGGAGAGGCCACCUACAGCUGUUCCAGCUGACAGCCCAAGAAAAGGUCUUAGCAUCAACCAUCAGGCAUCCAGGUAAGCCAAACAUCAGAGGAUUCCAGAACCCAGCCUUUGAGUCUUCCAUCUGAGGCCCCAGCCAUCAGAGAUACCAGUGACCAACCACCCUCUCCGUGUCCUGUCUGCAUUCCUGACCCACACAACCCAUGAGCAUAGCUGAGAGACACAGGAGAGCUCCUGCUGCUGGCUGCUUCCUCAACUAUGGCUGCGGGGCCAUAGCCGGGGCCGGCCAGGCUUCCCCCAGCCGGGUACACUCUCUGGCCGGAACUGGACGAGGGGACAGCAUCGAGCCCACAGUACAGCGCGCGCCCGGGGAAAGGCAGCCAGCUUGGUGGCUGAGGGAGCGGCUCGUUGGGGACCACAGAAGCAACGCCUCUGAGAGACCCCCUUGGUUCUCACGUGGCACCAACAUGGAAGCACAGAAUGGAGGACCCACCCCUCGUGCGCUGGAGGGCUGGGAGUUUUCAGGGACCGCUAACCACCCAGCCAACUGCAGCAAGUAUUUCUACCAAGGAUGCUCUGCCCAACUGCAGAUGAGGCGGGUGUGGGGGAGAGCAGAGCCCAGUAUGCACAACCUUCCCACCAACGUGACAGAAGUAUGUUCUUGCAACGACAGAUGGGUCUUCACUUCCACAGAGAGACCCGGGCACUUCCUGCUAACUGAUGUGAACAGCCUAGAGCAUUCCAUCCAGCCUCUGGGAGGAAGCAUUUCAGCCUGGGCUUCGCACACUGCCUCAUGGUUCAAUGAUGUUAACUCACUCUCUCUCUGAAGGUCAGGCCCUCCCAUGUGACUAAAGCUAAUACAGACACCGUCUUUAAAGAUUUAAGCAGUAAGGCGCAUUGUCAGUUCAACAAAAUGGUAAAAUCAGAAUAACAGAACAAACUCAUGGCACUACACAUGCCAUCAGACAACGCCUACGGAGUCAGCCUGACGUCACCAGGGGUCUUCACAGGACCUACUUCUCUCCGUCCUCUAGGAGGCUCACCCUCCACAGGAGAAGUCCUUCAUCCGGGCCUGAUCUGAGGGAUCCAGCAAGUCAGCUGUGACUGCCAGGCUCAGCGCUGUACCGAGCUGCCCACCAGGAGGUGCAACACGCAGUGGUCCCCAGCGCUCCCUCACUGUGCGCCCAAGGGAGGUACACAACCCUCUCUGGGGGUGAGGCCUACUGAGCCCGGGUUUUCAGGGGAGCUCAGGGGGAGGAGGUAGAGUCCUCUUCCCACCCCGGGGCUAGGCAGGAGAAUGCACUGGUGGGUGAGGUGACUAAAACAUACUUUAAAAGAGAUACUUCUAUGUACACCAAUUGGACAAUCACUACAAUAAGUAGGUUUACCCUCCAUUAACGUCUGCUUUCUGAUUUUGUGGCCUUAAAGCACACCGACUUAUAAGGUCUUACCUGCCCCAUGCUUAGUCAUUCACUCAGCAGAGACGUCCCAGUGUCAACUGGAGACUCAUCAGUUCUAUGCCCGACCCCCUUCAGCCACCAGAGCGAUGUAGCACUCCCUGCUUGCUUACCCCUGCCCUGCUGGUGGCAAGGGCAGAGCCGGCCCACUGUUCUCUUGGCCCACAGGCUCUGGGCCCACAUCCCUGCGGACCGGCUCCUCCUCGUUCAACACUGGUCCCACGCUGCCUCCUCAGAGCAGCCUUCCUGCCCAUCCAAACUAAGGGAGGCCAGGUCACCCUGUGGUUGUGGCCACAGCGUCUCCUUUUCUAUGCUCUCACGCGGCGCUCGUCACCAGCUGGCAUUACCACAUGCGUUUGUGCGUGUGUGGUGUCCAUCUCCCCCAGCAGGAUAUAAGCUCUGAGACUGUCUUGUUCAGGGUUCUACUCUCAGCCCUUAAAAUGAGGCUUGGUGCAUUUUAGGUACACAGUUAAGUACUGACCAAGCAAAUGUGGCAAAACAUUCUUGGAACUUGCCUUUCAAAACACUGCUAUGCUAAAUAUUUCCAAAAAUACUUCCAGUAAAGGAAAAGGCAAAGACUGAUACCAUCAACACGAGCCUGGCCGGACAGUUUGUCAGAAUCUUCGACAACAACAAGUCUCUAAACCAUGCCGACAAGUCCUCUCACACACCACAGCAGAAAAACAGCAGCUUUGAUUUACUCAGAAAAUGUGACUAGUUUCUGGCUAAUAAUAAAGGCCUGCUUCAAAACAAGAAAGCAAGAUGAAUGGGAAUGGAAUAAUAGAUAUAAUUAGAGAGGGAAUGUUUUUGGUUUCCUUAAAAGCCUGUAACAAUUUGUUCUCUCUCAACAAAAAAACAACACAGAACCCACUCAACAAGACAUAAACGACAGCCAACUGCAGGGUAUUGACAAGAAGCAGUUAUGUAGGUCUUUUAGAGGAUUGAAAAGGUUGCUUUUGUUUUUAUGACUGCCAGGGUUUUUAAGGCAGAGGUCUGAGGGUCUCAGGGCUGCCUGGGGUGGCACCACACAUAGUAGCUGGGUAGUUUGGUGGGGUGAUGAGUUUCCCCCCCACUGAGCUGCAAGGUGGGGCAGAUCUUCUGCUGUGUAAGCGGGGGCAGCAAGGGAAGAACUCCUGGGCCCUGAAAGGAAGCUCAGCUAAUGGACACAGGAACACCCGGAUGUCUGAAAGAAGCAUGGGGGGCUUCUUGGGUCCAAGGAGCUAAUGGAGAGGAAGCCACUGGAGGCCAUAAGCAGCAAAUCAGGGGGCCAGGCUCUGUCUGCAGCUCCCGCCUGUUCCUUUGAUGGUCUGCUGUGCAACAUAUCCCAGAGCCAAAGGUUUGGCCAACUUGCCUGGCUCCUGCCUCCAGUGUAACAUGGGGCCCAUGGUCAACAGCAACAAGCACUGAAGGGCUUUAGGGUCAUAGGCUACAGGCUAACAGGGCAAUCAGUCAGUGGCUCCAGUGACGACAGAAGCCCACAACUAUGCAGGAACAGAGCUCUCCUUAGAGGCCAACAAAGACCCAGAGGGCACUCAGAGGCCUUUCCUCAAAUACCAAAGAGACAUAUGUACCAUCUUAGCACCCUGACACCAUCCUGGCAGGGAAAAGACACAAAGUAGAGAAACUAACCGU